CUACUUUUUCUCGAUAUAUAUUCUACUCCAACCUUUUGCUCUAUAUAUUCUACCUCUACUUUUGCUGGCAAUAUUUGGAUUGGUCGAUCAGAGUAGGAUUUCUUUCAAGCGGUGUUUAUCCCUGGCAUCAUUAAUGGCUGCUAUUGGUAUCGAUUUGGGGACGACAUAUUCAUGCGUGGCGGUGUGGAGGCACGACCGCAUUGAGAUAAUAGUGAACGACCAGGGCAACCGCACCACACCGUCCUACGUGGCUUUCGCCGACACUGAGCGUCUAGUUGGCGACGCCGCCAAUAAUCAAGCCGCCAGUAAUCCAAUUAACACUGUUUUCGAUGCAAAGAGGUUGGUCGGACGCAAAUUCAGUGACCCAACGGUUCAAGAUGACCUGAUGUUCUGGCCAUUCAAGGUCAUAUCCAAUGCUGCCGACAAGCCAAUGAUCGUGGUAAAUUACAAAGGGGAGGAGAAACAGUUUUCAGCUGAGGAGAUCUCUUCAAUGGUGCUCUCCAAGAUGAAGGAUAUCUCCGAGAAAUAUCUAGGAUCAACCGUCAAGGAUGCUGUCGUGACUGUUCCUGCUUAUUUUAACGACUCUCAGCGCCGGGCGACCAAGGAUGCUGGAACCAUUGCCGGUCUUAACAUUAUGAGGAUCAUCAAUGAGCCUACUGCUGCAGCCAUUGCAUAUGGUCUGUUUGAAGGGAAUACUUCUGUUACAAAAAAUGUGCUCCUUUUUGACCUUGGUGGUGGCACGCUUGAUGUGUCACUGGUGACGAUUAAGGCUUGUGUCAUAGAAGUGAAGGCUAUUGCUGGUGAUACUCAUCUUGGAGGUCAGGACUUGGACAAUGGAAUGGUGAAUCACUUCAUAAAAGAGUUCAAGCACAAGUAUGGUAAGGAUAUAAGUGGAAGCCAAAGAGCUGUUAGGAGAUUGAGGACGGCCUGUGAGAGGGCAAAGAGGAUCCUUUCUUCCACUUUCCAAACCACAAUUGAGAUUGAAGCAUUGUUUGAGGGGAUUGAUUUCUUUACAACUAUAAGUCGUGCUAAAUUUGAUGAACUUAACGCGGGUUUAUUCAACAAGUGUAUGGAGCAGGUGGAGAUGUGCUUGCAGGAUGCAAAGAUGGAGAAGAGCAGCGUUCACGACGUAGUGCUGGUUGGGGGGUCGAGUAGAAUUCCCAAGGUUCAGCAACUGUUGCAGAACAUUUUCAAUGGAAAGGAACUGUGCAAUAGCAUUAAUCCUGACGAAGCUGUGGCAUAUGGUGCUGCUGUGCUAGCUGCCAAGAUGAGUGGUGAUGGCAAUAACACCGUACAGAAUCUGGUUGUUUUGGAUGUUACUCCUUUGUCCCUUGGUACUGAACUCGAUGGAGAUAUCAUGAGCGUAAUUAUUCCGAGGAAUACAACUAUCCCUACCAGGAGAACAGAAGGUUUCCGCACAGUGAAGGACAAUCAGACCGGUGUGUUAAUUGGGGUGUACGAGGGCGAAAGAAGCAGGGCAACAGACAACAAUCUGCUUGGGCAAUUUGAUCUCGAUGGCAUUCCAGCAGCACCCAGAGGUGUUGCUGAUAUCAAAGUUUGCUUCGACAUUGAUGUUAAUGGUAUCAUGAAUGUGUCAGCAGAAGUAACGGGGACUCGACUGAAGAAGAACAUCACCAUCACUAACGACAAAGGCAGGCUGCCCAAGGUAGAAAUUGAGAAUAUGAUCAAGGAUGCCAAGAAGUACAAGCAGGAGGACGAGGAGCAUAAGAAAAAUGUUAAGGCGAAGAAUACCGUGGAGGACUAUGCCUACAGCUCGAGGGACACCAUUAGAAGUGCUGCCAGGCUCUCACCCACUGACAAGAAUAAGAUGGAAGAUGCAUUUGAGUCUUUUAUACGGUGGUUGGAGUUAAAUAAAUAUGCAAAGGCUGAUGAUUUUGAAGACAAGAUGAAGGAGCUUGAGACCAUUUUCGACCCAAUUAUUGCCAAGAUGUAGCAAGAAUCAAUGUGUUACGAUUUAGAGAAAUAGUUUGGCUGAAUCAUGUAGUUGGUUUUGUUCCCUUUUGCUGGUAUAUAUACCUUACUGAAGUAAGGCCAACAUUUCAGUGUGCGAAAUGAUCUUGUUUUCAGCUAUAAGUUAAAGUGAAUGAAACCUAAUUUUGCCUCACACAGACGCAGUGCAAAAUUUGCUAUGAAAUUGUAAUUCAAUAAAAAUCUAGCUUAUUGUCAAA